GGAAGGUAAUGCCGCCGCUGCCGUCACCGCCACCGCGCCGUUUUCGUCGUCUGUUGUGUGUCGGUGUGCGUAGGUUUUCUCAGUCCGACUUGUACGCUUGCCGAGUACGGGUUCGGCGCUUAGAGGCACAAUACACACACACACGCACUGUGCCCCCGAAAUAGUAGUAAUAGUAGUAGUAGUAGCAGUACAAGUACAAGCGAUAUAUAGCGAAGCAUCGUGGAGGCGCGCGUUGGUUGUAUCAUACGGGGCUCGUAUAUACGACGAAUACGAGAACCUCAGCUCGAAAUAAGGGGGUAGAACGCACGCAUCUCGCGACGCGCGAUCAUCGUGUCUCGCAAUCAUUAUUAUUUUUUUCCUUUUUUUCGUUAAAAAAAAAAAUCUCUCGAGGGCCGCCCCGCGUUCGAAUCGCGGCACCUCCUUCGCGCGAGUGAGCAGGUACUACAAGUCGAACGAGCGAAUUGAUGCUUGUUACCGGGAGCAGCAGCAGCAGCAGCGACCGAGAGGCCACCGGUGUCGAUUUUUUUACUACGAGUGUGUUAUUGUAUUUUUUGUUGUUGUUGUUUUGCGUUAUAUUGAGAAGAGACAGAGUGCGGUGAUUGAUAUUGCAAGAACGAGUGCUCUCGUGAAUCGUCUGUAUUGUACAGUUAUUAAAGAGACGACGACGACGACGGCGACGCUGCAGCGUUCGUAGUUGAAAUAAAGCCAUCAAGAUGGGCAAGCCCGACGAUAAUGAGGACUCUACCUUCACCAAGCAUCAGGAUCUCUGCGAGAAGCUCAACAUGGAUGCUUCUGCUGCCAAGGAGGCUUGGGAGUCGUAUGAAAAUAUCAGGCAGCACUAUACUCUUGGGGGUGACCAGCUGCACUGGAUUGGGUGUGCCUUAUAUGUAGCUUGUAGGAAAGCUAGUACUCCAACUGUUGGAAAGGCUGGCUCCAAUAUACAGGGCAAUUGUGUGUCCUUAACAAGAUUACUAAGACUGUGUAAUCUUCCUCUUACCGAGUUCUUUACUAAGAGCAAAGCGUGGGCCGAUAUGUGCCACAUGCCUCAAGAUUUUGGAGCAAGAAUUGAUUCUUUACAGAAGAACUUUUCUGUAUCAUCUGUGAUUUUCCAGAAGUAUCAGCCAAUAUUUAAAAAUAUUUUUAAAGAUCCUUCUGAGGAAUUAGGUAAACCAGUCAGAUCUAGAAGACACAGGACUCUACCUUGUACACCUUCGCGCUUAUUCGAAUUUGGAUGGUCACUUUUCAUUUGUAUUAAAAGUAAACUAGCUAUAAUAUCUGAUGAUUUGGUCAAUUCUUAUCAUCUAUUAUUGGUUUGCUGUGAUCUGUUGUAUAUGAACGCAUUGAUGGCCAACAGAAGAGACUUAUUAAACUCUGAAUUUGAAGGAUUGCCUGAAAAGUUUAAUGCACCAGAUUUUACACUACCAGAAAGUGCCAAUUGCAUUAUUGACCUGUUAUGUGAUAACCAACAAUUUUCCACUGAAGCAAAGCUUAUAAAGACAUAUUAUUUUAAAAUUCAAAUGAAUGAACUUUUUAAUUCAAAAGUUCUAAGAGGAAAUCAGACCGAUUUCACCGGAUUAUUGGAUGCAUUGAAUUUUGAUGGAAAUAACAAAUCUGUUAAUAGAAUCUAUGAACAGCACAUUCUCAGUGUCGGUGAUCUGGAUGAAAGAAUAUUUCUUGCUGAGUGGAGAAGAGCAAGAAUAGAAGGUAAUUCACAAAAAGAAAUAUUUCAUGGAGAUGUAGCUUGGUGUGCAUUACUAAAAGGUCCGGACUCCAACAGUAAUAUAGGCUCAACCCCAGCCAAAAUGAUGAACAUGUCCGAUUUCCAGGAGCAGUUCCAAUCAAAGAAGGAACAACUCAACUCUCUCCAGACUUGGGCACCGCCAACUCCUUUGACAGGGAGAAAGUAUUUAAAAACGAAAGAUGUAGCCAACACUGCCUUACCCAAUCCAACCCAAAGUGUUGUUCGCUUACAAUCUUUGUUAGUUGGUUGUAAUCCUUUGCCUUCAGAAUCUUUGCAAGAAAUUUUUAAGAAUAGUUCUCCUGAUAUUGAGAUUUUCGUAAAGGCUAAAGUUGAAGAAUUUGGAAAUAUGUUCUGCGAAGCUUAUUCUUCCAAGUUGCCUGAACAAGCUGAGAACACUUGUUCAGAUUUUGGUAAAAAACGUCUACAAUCAGCACAAAUUUUGUUCUAUAAAGUUCUUGAAUUAGUAUUAAAUGAUGAAAUGUCGAAAAAGCAAACUUCUGAUGUUUCUAAUUUACUAAAGAAUGAGAUAUUCCUUCAAUGUCUGUUUGCUUGCUGCUGUGAAAUUGUGAUUCACUCGUAUCAGAACAGAGACAAGACAUUCCCUUGGAUUCUUAAAGCACUUAAUCUUGAAGCAUAUUUAUUUUACAAAGUAAUUGAAGUCAUUGUCAAAGCUGUUGACCAACUCACUCGUGACAUGGUAAAGCAUUUGAAUCGCAUUGAGGAAAUGAUUUUGGAAUCCCUAGCCUGGAAAACACCGAGUCCUUUGUGGGCUGCGAUAGAUGCUUUGAAAUCAAAAGAAAAAGGAACUUCUAAAGAUGAUGAUUUCAUUGGAUUGCCAUCUUAUGAAGAAGUUGCUUUACCAGGGACUUUUGAUUUAAUAGAUCCAAACACUCCUGGGCAACCUGUGCUUCGAAGAAUCGCUUUGGAUAGGGGUGCUCCCAACGAUGUAACACAGAGUCCCAUUUCAUCUGCUUCGGAUAGAUUCCAAUCCCCAACCUACCCAAGUGCUUUAGUAAAGAAGCGUUUGUUUUCCGAAAAAACGGCGAAUCAAAGUUUAUUGAAAGGUAGUGGUCCUCUUGCUAGAGUUGCUAAUUCUGAACCUCAGAGGAAUGGGCCGGUUACAAGUACACCUGUUUUAAAUCGAGACCAAACGAAACCAAGGCGCACUGGCUCGUUGGCUCUAUUUUUCAGAAAAUUCUACAAUCUCACAAAUGCUCGAAUGCAAACAUUGUGCAAUGCACUUGAAAUCACCGAUGUCGAUGUCAAACGCAAAAUAUGGACGAUAUUCGAACAUACGAUCAAAGAGCGCACUGAGCUCAUGAAAGACCGACAUUUGGAUCAAAUCUUAAUGUCUGCCGUUUAUGUGAUUUGCAAAUUGUGUAAAAUUGAUAAAAAUACAUUCACUGAGAUCAUGAGAUGUUAUAGGCUGCAACCACAAGCUGAAUCACAUAUCUACAGAUCAGUUUUGAUUACGCGCGUUAGUCGGAACAGUUCAAGCACUUCUGAUGAAACUCUUAAUAAUAAACACCAAGAAAAUAGUGGACCACCGACGCCUUCAGAGAUGGCUGCUACAUCCAGAAUUUAUAAUUCAGAAGAACGUGGUGAUCUUAUUAAAUUCUACAAUGCAGUCUUUGUACCGGAAGUAAAAGACUACGUUAAACGCUUGGGUUUGGCAGACCCUAACAUUGCCAAUCUCACGUUGAGUCCAUUGCCACGACAAAAUCGUCCAAUUCCGCAAAGUUCUCCAGUGCGUCGAGUGACUGACUGCAUCAUUACCCGUGUUCUUGACCCUAAAGAACUUCCAGCUUCUCCAGCACCUACGCUGAACUAUUGUUUCAACAGGAGUCCUGCAAAAAAUUUUAAAUUACCUUUCAAGGACUUGGAAACCAUCAACAAAAUGGUAACCCAGGCUGACGCUCGAAAGUACAUCGGUAAACGCUUAUUAACUGAUGAUGCCGAAACGAAUUUGAUAGCAGAUGGUGAGCCAAAUUCCAAAAAAUCUGCACCUUCUGCUACAUUUGUUGCAAGAAAGCUAGAGAAUAUAAUGGGAGAACGACGCACUCAAAAUCAUUAAUGUGUAAGAUAUUUAUUAGUUCAUAACUAAUUGGUAAUUUGAAUGAUGAAAUUGAAUGUUAAAAUUGACUUUUUCGAUUGAUGAAGUAAAAAAUCGAAUGAAUCUACUACUGUACAAAACCAAAAAAUGAAUGAGUAGUACAGCUUGUCAGACUCGAUAGACAAAAGAGUGAUCUCUGCCGAAAAAUACGGCAUUUUUAUUAUCGUUGGGAAGUUUUUCAAAAUGUGAUUUAUCAAAUAACAUUAUUUACAAAAUUUUCUUUUUAAGUAUUUGAAAAGUACAGAGAGGAAAAUUUUUUAGCUAUUAAGGCUCGCAUUGGCGUAUGCAUUAAUCAAUUGUUUCGUGGAUAGUCAAUAAGUAUGAUUUGGAAUUGGACGUGAUAUUAGAAAUGAACUUUGAAUUGGAUAUUUUCUUAAUUUGUAUAUUUUCACGCUUUGAAAUCAAUUCACCGUCACGUUUGUCGUAUACUUUUAAUUACACGAUAAUCUGAUGAGGUUUAUGCCUUUCAUCGCUUCCUUGUUAUUUUCUUUUGGUUUUUGACACAUAGUAGUAGGUCAAACUUUCAUUUGAGACAUGGGAUGAUUUGAAAAAUAUUUUUUGUCUUAAUCAUGCGCAAGUCUUAUCAAUGAACCAAAAAUUCACAAUUUAUUACUUUAGGAACUUGCAUUAGAUCAACGAAACUUUUAAAUUUUUUUUACAAUCAGCACUACUUUUCAACUUUGUAUUUGUAAUUCUUGCUGAACCAUUUUAUUAUGGUGGCUCACCUUCAAAUUUUUAUGCAAAUCAAGAUUUUUACACUUAAUUAUGCUCCUCACAGAAUUUUAUGUUACAUUUUAUAUCUAAUAAGAAAAAUGAAUCAUCGUACGAGUCCGUAUUUACGAUAGCACGACAAAAAUUGUACUUACAAAAUUUGAAGGUGGUGUACUACCUAAAAUCAAAAAGUUCAAUUUAAAAUGAGACUGCAUUUUCAAAAAUUGAAUUUUGCAUAUUGAGCUUUUCCUGACAUAACAAAUUACCUGUGUGUAUGUAAAAAUGUGAUCUAACGAUUCUUUUGAAAAAAUCAAUUACUUUCAUCACAGAUACAAAUACUAAUUAAUUUUGUAAAAAUGAGUUUGGGUUAUAUUACUUGUGAUGAAGUACUUUUUGCAAACUUUAACUGGGCCUACAAAAAAUUAUAUUAAUUUUAGCAAUUGUGAUUUCUAAAUUAUUAAAUGAUUGGAUAGAUUGUGCCAAAGUGACUGUGAAAUCUCAAGUUCAUUCUCAUGGUAGUGUGUAGCCCCCCGAAUCAAUUUUUUUAAGUUAUUUAGUGAGAAUGGCACAAGAUCCGUGAGAUCGUUAUUUAAUUAAUUUAUAUUAUGUUUCUACAUAAUUUCAAUUCUCACUAAUAUCAUAGUCUAUACUUAGAAUUUGCUAAGCAUUCUAUCCUAAUUACUCUUAGUGAAUAAGAAAUUAAAUUAAGCUCAUAAUUGUUACAACACACAUUCAAUUAAGUCUCAGAGUCGUCAUAUAUAUUAAAUUGAAUAUAUAUAUUAUAUUAUAUUAAAAAUCAAGAAAUCUUGGACUUUGUUUUGAAUAUAAGUGAUUUUCGUAAAUGAUUAUAAUUCGUUUCUUGCUCAAAUGAUAUGAUAAAAGUGAACUUUUUUGCUAGGACAAACAAAAGUGACACAUUUCUUUGUAUCGACGUACAUGAUAAAAAAAUAUAUAUAUAUAGGUUUAUAUAUAUUUAUAUUCAAUAAGCAGGUCCAGGAUACAAUUAUAAACAUAUUAAAAAAAAAAAAUCAUAUUGUAUAGUCAUAUAUUUUCCUGUGUGUGUGUGC